AUGGCGCCUAAAAAGAAGGAAACCCAGAAGAUGUCGCUUGGCGACUUUCUGUCCGAUGGAAACUUGGGCGGAUCCUGGGCUGAUGAGGUGGAGGAUACCUACGGUACUGGUACCCAGCCUCUUCCUGCUCCCGAAAGACGUUCGGGCUACGGCUCUGGCUAUGGCUCCGGCUCCGGCGCCGGUUACGGCUCCAACCAAGCCUGGGGCAGCAGCGACCGCAAUUAUGCUCCCCGCGAUGCUGGUCCCGCUCAGAUCCCCGAUAAGCCCCCUUACACGGCCCAUCUCGGAAACCUCUCGUACGACGCCACCGUCGACGCCGUCACCGAUUUCUUCACUGGAUGCGACAUCAUCAGCGUCAGGAUCAUCGAGGACCGCGAGCAACAGCGCCCCAAGGGCUUUGCCUACGCCGAGUUUGCCAAUGUUGAGGGUCUAAAGGCCGCUCUCCAGCUUGAUGGAGAGACCUUCCAGGGUCGUUCCAUUCGUGUCAAGGUUGCUGAUCCACCUCGAGGCGGCGACCGUGGCGAGUCUUCCCGUGACUUUAGCGACUGGUCCCGAAAGGGUCCCCUGCCUGAUUUGCCGUCUCGUGGAGGCAACGAUCGCCGUCCCUCCGAAUUUGGUGAGCGCCGCUCGCGUGAGCCCGCCGAUGAUGGCAGGGUUCGGGACUUUGGCAACUGGGAGCGCAAGGGACCUCUGCCUCCUCCCGAGCGUCCCGCUACAUCUCGCGACGGUAGCCACCCUCCCGCCGCCGAGGGUCGGUCCGAAUCCUUCCGCGGCGGCCGACGAGAGUCCCCCGCUGCCUGGGGCGAAGGCCAGGGACCUGCCCGCCACGAUGGCUCUCGUCCUCCCCGCGGCGACCGUCCCGAACGUGUCCCCACGGCCGCCGAAAAGGAUAUGCAAUGGCGCUCCAACAUGCGCCCCACCCCGCCCGCGAGGGCUUCCCCCGCACAGUCGCGCGAUGGCAGCGAGGCCCCCACUUCACCUGCCCCUGCCGGAGCUACCCUCGCCGCGCCCGCCCCAGCUGGCCGCCCCAAGCUGAACCUGCAGAAGAGAACGGUCUCCGAGGCCACGGAUGUCGUGUCCCCGUCCCUAACCGGCGACGCCAAGUCCAGUCCCUUCGGCGCUGCGCGACCUAUCGAUACCGCUCAGAGGGAGAGGGAGGUGGAGGAAAGGCGACAGCAGCAGAUUAAGGCGAAGCGCGAAGCCGACGAAAAGGCCAAGGAGGAGCGUCGGCUAGCUAAGGAAGCCGCCGCCAAGGAGGCCGCGGAGAAGGCGGAAGAAGAGGCCAAGGCCGCAGAGAAGGCUGCAGAGAAGGCGGAAGAGGAGGCCAAGGCCGCAGAGAAGGCUGAAGAGGAGGCCGCUGCCGCCGCCGCUGCCGCCCCCAAGCCAGCUGACGUUGCCGAGGAGGCUCCCCAGCCCGCCCAGGAAGCUGGUCCCGAGGGUGAAGAAAAGACGGGAGAAGCGGCCAAGGAUACCCAAAACGGCGCCGCUGCUGGUGCCGCUGCACAGAAAGUCCCUGUUCGUUCGAGAGGCGGGCGUGAGGGUGCUCCUCCCAUCAAGACCCGGGCAGCCGAGAGCGGAAACUGGCGCCAGUCGUCUGGGGAGCUUAGAUCGCCUCGUGGCCAUGGCCCGCCCGGACCCCGUCGGGGAGGUGGCGCGCCGCGCGGCUCCCGCUAUGAAGGAGGCGGCUCUGGUCGGGGCUCCCGCGCGAACGGCUCUCAGGGAGGCCAGCAGCCGGCGACGCCCACAACCGCGGAGCCGGGAACGCCUGUGCAGGAGGAGGACGGCUGGACCACCGUGUCGGUUAACAAGGGUCGGCGUGGCGCUCGUGCUUAG